AUGGCCUUCCGUUCAUCUGCCAAUAAAUCAGAGGUCCUAAGGUCUUGGGCACGUAUAUUCGAAGAUGCAGGGACCUUGCAGUCGGAGCAGGUUGACAAAGUGCGUGUCGAGAAUUGUAUUGGCUUCUGUCAGAUUCCACUAGCCGUCGCAGGGCCUUUGCAGGUAACCGGAGCAGUCGCACUGGAUAAAGUCUACGCACCUCUAGCCACGUACGAAGGAACUCUGGUUGCUAGUUGUUCCAGAGGAUGUAAAGCUUUCAACGCUUCUGGGGGAAUUCACAUCGAGACGCUCAGCAACAGCAUGAGUCGAGGUCCUGUAUUUACUUUCGACAGCCCCGAUCAUGCAGUCAUAUUCGCCAAAGAUGUACCGGCUUUGAAGCCAAUUUUCUCACAGUGGGCAGGGGAGACGAGUGCAUACGUACGACUUCAAGCCAUGCAACCUACUGUAAUUGGUUCCAAGGUCCAUGUGCUCUGUAGCUACAGCUGUGGGAGUGCAGCCGGGCAGAACAUGGUUACCAAGGCCACUCAGCACGCAUGCGAGAUGCUCCGACAUUCCUUGACCCAUAAAUAUAGCAUCCGGGGCUUUCUUAUCGAGGGACAGCUGGCUUCUGACAAAAAGCCCUCGUGGGGAAACGUGAAGAAACCUCGAGGAGUCGAGACACUGGUGUGGGGAACCAUCUCCCCUGAUGCCUGUCGAGAGGUACUAGGCUGUACCACCGAUCAGCUCUAUGCCACUCAACAGAUCUUGAAGGAGGGCGGGAUUCGAAAUGGCCAGUUCGGCUGCAAUGUCAACCCGGUCAAUAUCAUUGCGGCCAUGUUCAUAGCGACUGGUCAGGAUCCUGCCAGCACCGCUGAAGCAUCCUGGAGUCACCUGACUUCCGAACUUCACCCUAAGACGGGUGCACUCACCAUGAGUCUCUAUCUACCAUCUCUGCCUGUUGGUACUAUCGGAGGCGGUACCGGAUUACCAAUGCAGAGGGAGGCUCUCAAAAUGUUGAAAUGCGAUGGGGAAGGAGCGGAGCAGAAACAGCGGCUUGCUGGUCUCAUCGCUGCUUUCGGCCUUGCCCUGGAUGUCAGCACGAGCGCGGCCGUCACCAAUGACACUUUCACCGCCAGCCACAUGCGGCUCGGGCGGGGACAGGAACGAGCUAACUUGUGA